AUGGCCUCCCGCCUGCCGCCGGCGCUGCACCUCUUGGCAGACGACGCCGCCGCCGCGGCCCCCAAGGACGACGGCGGCUGGUUUGGCUGGCUGACAGACGGCUUCGAGGCCAUACUCGCGUUCCUAGACAGCGCCCUUGAGAGCGCCCACGUGCCUUACAGCUAUGGCUUCGCCAUCAUCCUGCUGACAAUCCUCGUGAAACUCGCCACUUUUCCCCUGAGCCAAAAAUCGAUGCAGUCGUCUCUGGCGCUGCAGGCGCUGCAGCCGCGCGUGAAGGAGCUGCAGGCGCUCUACGCCACACAGCCAGAGGCCCUGCAGCUGGAGACCGCCCGGCUGUACCGCGAGGCCGGCGUAAACCCCCUGGCCGGCUGCCUUCCCACCCUGGCCACCAUACCUGCCCUGACUAAGGCGGCCGACGACGGCCUGCUGACGAGCGGGUUCUUCUGGAUCCCCUCGCUGGGGGGCCCCACCACGCUGGCCAUGCGGCAGGAGGGCUCCGGCCUGUCUUGGCUGUUCCCCUUUGUCGACGGCGCCCCGCCGGUCGGCUGGCACGACGCCAUUGCAUACCUCGUGCUGCCCGUGCUGCUGGUGGCGUCCCAGAUCGCCUCCCAGAACGCAAUCAGCCCAAAGAGCGACGACCCGGUGGCGCAGCAGAGCCAGGCCAUCCUCAAGUUCAUACCUUUCAUGAUAGGCUGGUUCUCUCUGAACGUGCCGAGCGGCCUGACGCUCUACUGGUUUGUGUACAUGAGAAACACCAUCAAGGUGGAGGUGCCGGCCUCCGCAGCUGCGGGCCCCGGCCCUGGCGCUAUCAUCGACGUGUCGGGGUCACCCAUCAUCCCGAGCGACCGCGCGCGUGCGCGCCAGGGCCGCCCCGACGGACCCAUUGUGGAGGCGGAGAUCGUGUCGGGACCCCCCCUGCAGGACGGCGGCGGCGGCAGCCGGAGGGGCAGCAGAUUUGCAGAGCGCAAGGCGAAAGAGGCGGCGGCAAAGCGAGGGGCGGAGGGGGCGAGCGGUGGGGGGUUGCAGCCGAGGCGCGGCGGGAAGUUCGCGGAGCGGAAGGCGCGGGAGGCCGCGGCAAAGGCGGCCGUCGGACGCGCGGGGGCAGGCGCCGACAGCGGCAGCGGCGCAGCCGGCGUGGGGAGCGGCGAAGCGGCAGCCGGCGUUGAAGAGCGGGCGGCAGGGGAGGGGCCCGGUGACGCAGCGGAGGAGCCGCCCAGCAAGCAAUGA